CGCAAAAAAGCCACAUUUAAAAAACCCGUUAGAACUAAGUUGAGUAACGAGAAAACCAAAAGUAGGUUCCAGGAACAACUGAGGUCACACUUAGGUAGUUCUGAAGACGAGGUUGAUCCAGAUGUUGCUUGGAAAGGCAUACAAUCAGCUGUGGAAACAGCAGUGACAUUUAUCAAUGAUUUAAACCACAGAGUUAUAAAGAUCCAAUGGAUUUCUUGAAGGUCUAUUGCACUGAUGGAUUCUCGUAAACUCAUCCCAUCAGGUUCUGAACAUGAUGAAGAGCGUAAAGAAAUCAGAUAUAGGUUAAGAAAAAUUCUAAGGAACGACCGUGAGCAGUGGUGGGUAACGAAAGCAAAAGAAAUGGAAAAGGCAGCAGCUAUAGAUAACACCAGACAGCUCUACAGAAUAAUAAAAGAAACUGGAAUUAUUAAGUCAAGUGUAAGUGAGAUUAUUUCGGAAAAAGACGAAACUCUCAUCCGCUCCCAGUCCAGACGUUUAGAACGAUGGGUGGAACAUUUCAACUGGCCCUCAGCUACUCUACAACUACCCUCCAUGCCCAGACAGUGUGAAUGGAACAUUGAAGUAGGUCCCCCAACUCUAGCAGAAGUUCAAAAGGCUAUAGUUAAUCUGAAACGAGGAAGGGCAGCUGGUCCAGAUGGAUUGGCUCCAGAGGUCUUUAAGGAUGGUGGUCCAAUUUUAGCGAUCAGGUUGACUAAUAUUUUAGCUAAGAUCUAGGAAUUAGACGUAAUCCCAUCUGACUGGUCACAAUCACUUAUCGUCCCAAUAUAUAAGAAAGGGUCAAAAUCAUCCUGUAACAACUAUAGAGAGAUUAGUUUAACUAAUAUAAUAUCUAAAAUACUAGCCUCGAUAAUUAUCAAACGCCUAACUAAGACUCGUGAACUGCAAACACGAGAGAAUCAAGCUGGCUUCAGACCUAGUGGUGGAUACAUCGACCACAUACUCACCAUUCGUCAGGUUCUAGAACACAGGCAUACUUAUCGGUGUCCGACAAGAGUGGUCUUUCUUGACUUAAAAGCAGCAUUUGACUCGGUAGACCGCGAGAUUCUGUGGCAGUGUCUGUCAUUGAAAGGCGUACCUCAGAAGUACAUAAACCUUGUGAAAGAUCUUUACUCGAACACUACCAGUCGAGUGAGAGCUUAUGGCGAACUUUCAUCUGCUUUUGUAACCUCAAGUGGUGUUCUUCAAG